UACCCAUAAUUCCGGAGUUUCUCUAUGACAUACGCCAUCCUGACGCGCCGCUCUCUAUGCCCCUGGAAGAACUGACCAUCACGACACCGGACCCAGCUCGGUACUGCCCUUGCUUGAACAGGACUCUGGUUCUAGAGUCAGAUAACAUUACACACUUGAACUUAACUGCAGAACGUGAAGAACGACACAAGGAACUUAUACAGGAAACGGUGGCCGUCGGUGUGAUGUUCGCUAGCAAAGCAUUAGUACAACUACUUGCAAACCCCUUCGUUGGACCUCUUACCCACAAGAUCGGUUACAGUGUCCCGAUGUUCACUGGCUUCAUCCUUAUGUUCCUGUCUACGAUAAUUUUUGCGUUUGGCCGUUCAUAUGGUGUACUGUUCGUGGCGCGUGCGCUGCAGGGUAUAGGAUCUUCUUGUUCAUCGGUUUCUGGCAUGGGCAUGCUAGCUGAACGGUAUCCUGAUGAUAAGGAACGUGGCAACGCAAUGGGUAUAGCGCUCGGCGGGCUCGCUCUAGGAGUGCUCAUAGGGCCCCCAUUCGGUGGACUCAUGUACGAAUUUGUCGGCAAGACUGCGCCUUUCCUCAUGCUAUCGGCGCUCGCACUUGGAGACGGCUUGUUGCAGCUGAUGAUUCUUCAACCCGGUGUGGUGCGUCAGGAGUCGGAACCACCUUCCUUGAAACAGUUAAUUACUGACCCGUACAUCAUCGUUGCUGCUGGUAAGUAAUUUAUAUUAUCACUAACGUAGUAAAAUAUCGGCGUGUCAAUGC